CUGAUGUGAUAUCAUUUAAUUUUGCUCUUUGUGAUAAUAUUAAGAAUGUUGUGCUAAGUUAACCAGUGAACGGAAAAAAAUGAGUUUCUCAAGUGAUGAAGUCAACUUUUUAGUGUAUAGAUAUUUACAGGAAUCUGGUUUCCAACAUUCUGCAUAUACCUUUGGUAUAGAGUCUCAUAUAUCACAGAGUAACAUAAAUGGUGCGCUGGUACCACCGGCAGCCCUACUAUCCAUUCUUCAAAAAGGUUUACAGUAUACAGAGGCUGAAAUAUCAAUUGGUGAAGAUGGCACUGAACAAAGAAUGGUCGAAUCCUUGUCACUCAUCGAUGCUGUUAUGCCAGACGUUGUUGCAUCACGGCAAAAUCAACAAAAUCAGCAAAAGCAGCAGGUUAAAACUGAAGUGCAAGAUACCAAUGGGGAAGAAGUAACGCCAAAUGUUGGUGUUGGUGUGGGGAUGAACGAAAGAGUCGGUGAUCGGGGAGAGAUGGAAGUUGACGAACAGCAGCAACAAGGUACUAGCGCUAGUGCCGGUACUAGUGCUGUUGAAAUCCCGGCAAGUAAGGCGACCGUCUUACGAGGCCAUGAAUCCGAAGUUUUUAUUUGCGCGUGGAAUCCGACGACAGACUUACUAGCAUCUGGUUCUGGAGACAGUACAGCACGAAUCUGGGACAUGACUGAUAACUCACAAGCACCAAGUCAACUCGUACUUCGACACUGCAUUCAAAAAGGUGGAACUGAAGUUCCCAGUAACAAAGAUGUCACUUCUUUGGAUUGGAAUUGUGACGGCAAGCUGCUCGCUACUGGGAGCUAUGAUGGAUAUGCCAGGAUUUGGACAACCGAUGGACAAUUAGCGUCUACACUCGGGCAACACAAGGGUCCUAUCUUCGCCCUGAAAUGGAACAAACGAGGGAAUUAUAUUCUCAGUGCAGGCGUUGAUAAAACUACUAUUAUUUGGGAUGCUGCGAGUGGUCAAUGUACUCAGCAGUUCAGUUUUCAUUCUGCUCCUGCUUUAGAUGUUGACUGGCAGACUAACACUUCCUUUGCCAGUUGCUCCACUGAUCAGUGCAUUCACGUUUGCAAGUUGAGUGUUGAUAAGCCAGUCAAGAGUUUUCAGGGACACACGAAUGAGGUAAAUGCGAUCAAGUGGGAUCCCCAAGGAAAUUUGCUUGCUAGUUGUUCAGAUGAUAUGACUUUGAAGAUUUGGUCAAUGAAACAAGACACCUGCGUACACGACUUACAAGCUCACAGUAAAGAGAUUUAUACUAUCAAAUGGUCACCUACGGGCCCAGGAACGCACAAUCCAAGUAUGAAUUUAAUCCUGGCCAGUGCAUCAUUUGAUUCUACUGUGAGAUUGUGGGAUGUUGAAAGGGGUGCCUGUAUACACACGCUUACAAAACAUACAGAGCCUGUCUACAGUGUAGCCUUCAGUCCGGAUGGUAAAUUCCUUGCCAGUGGUAGCUUCGAUAAGUGCGUCCACAUUUGGUCUACUCAGAGUGGGCAGCUGGUACAUAGUUACAAAGGCACCGGUGGAAUCUUUGAAGUAUGUUGGAACAGUCGUGGAGACAAAGUUGGGGCCUCUGCCUCCGAUGGAAGUGUUUUCGUCCUCGAUCUACGCAAAUUGUAAUCACAUCUUUACCAGACUGUAUCUAUUUAACAUAAUAUUUAACUACUUUUUUAUUAUUAUUAUUAUUUUGUACAUUUGUUGUGCAAAAAUAAAUCCGUCGAAUACAUCCAGUAAGUCAUUAGUUAUUCAUACAUCAGAAGUCUGGCAUUCAUGCAAAGGACAACUACUUUUCACUCUGAAUUUCCAAGCUGAGAUAUAGCAUCUGCAUAUUAUCAACCAUUUAGUAAUUUUACAACCGACAGUUUUAAGAUGCAAAAACCGUUUAGACACAUUAUUAUUAUAACUACCACCACUAGUACUAAUUUUAUAAAAUGACAAACCGAUGAAAAUAAACUUCUAUGAACAGA